CUGCACAACCCGGUGUCCUUUUCUGAAAUGUAAACAAAUCCUAGAUUCUACCUUUUCCUUGUUUUUACAAUUCAUAUAUUGUACUAAUUUGUACAGUAUAUUCUAAAACAACAUGCUUCCUUCGUGCGAUUUUUUGCCGAUUCCCAAGUGUUUUAGCCACCUAGUGGUAAUCUCUGACGUAAAUGAAAACGAACAUCACAAUCAAGGCAUACGGUUGAAAAUAAAUCUAAAUUUGGUUCCUGAUUGCUCUUCUAGCGAGAGUGAGGAGGUUCACGGUCCUGCCACCAUGAGUAACAAUAGUCAAAGCAUUAUUUCCAGGUCAGCCAUGGUCAUGCCUGUGGAUAAAAAACGACAUAAUAGCAUAUCACAUAUUGAGAGCGGCACUUCCCUAGCCGAAACCAGCAACGAAUCUGAUGAUAAAUUAUCGUACUCAGUCAACGACAGCUUAAGUGAUACUUUAAAAACCUUGGACCAAAAUCCUCUUACAGUCAGGAAGGAGACUUGUGACCACAAGAAUCCAUAUUUGAAAUUAAAUUCUUCAUUGAUGAAACUUCAAAAAGAAAUGAAACAACUUCGGUCUCUCGAUUUAUCUUUAUUCUGUCAACUGCUGUCACUGCAUGAAGCCAUUCAAGAGUACAAAAUCACAGUGUCUGAUCGCUUCUCUGAGACUGGAUCAGAAUAUUCUUUAGGGAGUGCAAGCUACAUGGGUUCAAUGUCUAGCCUAAAUGAGGAAAGUGAUUGGGGCGAUGAAUCCCCACAGGGCUUUGACCAGCCUGAUGGUUCGGACUUUGAUCAAAACGAGAAUCACCACAACGCAUCCAAUCUCUUAAAGCAGAUCGCUGAUUUAGCACAAAGAGCUGAAGAGGAGUUUUAAAGUAUUGUUCAUAGGAGGUAGAGGAAUUGCCACAAACCGAAAACUAUUGCUGUAAAAAUGUUUACUGACAAAUAAUUUUAAUAAUCUCUAAGUAUUACUUUUUAGAUAUGUUUCUUUUUAUAGCUUUUAUACAAUGUUACAUUAAUAUUGAUGAUAAGCAAUUUAAAAUAUUAAUUUUGAAACAAAUUUCUACACCUGUGAGAUUUAAAAUCUUUAUGGCUAAAUGCCUAAUGAUCCAGUUUAACCAAUGGUGUAACUUGUCAGGCUAUCCAGUUGUCUUAAAUUUUUUUUUCCCAGUUUCUCUUUGAUGAAACCUUUUAAAACUCACCAUAGCUUAAGAACCAAAAAGUUAAUAUCAUUUUUUUAAAUAUAAGUUUACUUUUAGAAAAAAAUAAAACUUACUAAUGAAUUAUUUUAUAAAUAAUAAAUAUAUAGAUGUUAUGACUUUUAUAUAACUAAUUCUAUGCAUCAUUUCCUAUUAAAAAGCAGUGAGCUUUAUUUUUCAACAUAUUUUUUUUGAGACAACCUUUUUUGUUUUGUACAUGCUUGUAUAUUUUGCUCUAGACUAGUUAGGUUUAUUUUAUUACAUCUUUCACCAUUUGAUAUUUUUGUUUAGUUAAGCAAACGUCAAUACUUUUAUUUUUAUAAUGUGUGGACACUUUUUUUAAAGUUGUCAAUACUCAGUUUAAUUACUUAUCAUAGUUAUUGCUUUGAUAAUAACAUGUUUUAAUAUAUUAUUUUUAUAUAUUAUUUUUAAUGACUUUUAAGUUCCACUGCUUAAAAUAAUGAAUAUUUAAACUCCAUUUUUAACUUAUUCAGUGGUGUUGAAAAUAUGAUGCAAAAAAAAAUUCCUGUUAAUUUGAUUAGUAAAUCACACUACACAUAAUUAAAGUUACCUGUGAGAACAUUUUCUACACAGUAUUUAACAAAAAAUUGUUAAUUUUUUUAAAAAGUUUUCCCAUACAAUUGAUUUUGAGCUCGUAUUUUGCUAAACGGUGCCAUCACAUUUCCAGCUGACUUAUUUUUGGUAGAUUUCCUAAGCUGUCCAGAAAAACAAACAAAUAAUUAUGGCCAAAUCAACCUUUUAAAAAAUUGAAAGGCUUCACAAACACACUUUGUCAUCUAAAAUAGAGUAUCAUAUUUAUUACUGUUAAAAAAAUGUUUUGUGUCUUUAUAUGGUGUCUUGUAAAACAAAACUGGAAUUCACUAGGGUAACUAUAAUGUAGUAGAAGUUAGGAACUGCUGGUUUAAAUUACCAAUGGGCUCAGGAUUUCAUUGUCAUGCAACAGAGCAUGUUAAUUAAUCUACUUCCAUGCAAUAGAUUUUCAAUUUUGUCUUUUUUUUUUAAAUGCGUACCAGAUGGGUUUUGGAAAUUAUUAUUUUGUCAUUGUUCAUAAAAUUGUUUCAAAUGAACUUAAGUCUUUCAAAGCACUAUGAAGAUAUAAGCUUUAAAUUUAAUGCAUUCAGAAAGUGCAUUAUUUUUUUAAGUUUUCUAAUUUUUUCUCUAAAUAUUAAAAAUGAUUUGUUUUUACCUCUAAAAUACUCAUAAAAUGAAUAUUGAACAAUUUUUAGUGUUGUAGCUUAGAGUCAUCAAAUGUUUCAUGAUAUUAAAAGCUCAUAUUCAUUAUUUGCUUUUUAGAUGGCUAUAAUGUUACAAGGUGUAUGAGAAAUAAUGUAUGUUUAUACUUCUUAAAUCUCUCUGGAUUUAGAAAGUAUUUGUUUUGUUUUUGGUUUAUAAACCAGCUAUUAACCACAAAUCCAAAAGAUAUUUCUGCACAUUGUUUUUAAUGUUUCCUCAGAGACCAGUUAUGUUUUAGAUAAAUAUUCCAACUGUUUAUUAACUACCUAUUAUUAACGAGAAAAAUGGCCCGUUGAGGAA